AUGCCCCUUAACCCUUGGCGUUCGGAUUUUGAGCUCGUGCAUGGGCUUCGGGCCGAGUCGGGCCGAGGGCGUUCGCUUGAGAUCUCGGAGUCUUCGAACUUUGUCUGCGUUGCUGUUUUCAAGAACUGCUGCUUCUGCUUGCCCUUGCAGAAGCAGAGCAACAUCACGUCGACCGCAGCUCAUGGCCCAAUCCGGUCUACGGUAGCAAUGCAGGCAGGCAUGGAGGUCUCCGAGCAAGAAGAGAGUGGGUCCUCACGCAGCUACCUGCACAGCAACGACCCAGAAGACCCAAACACCCCAACAAAUGGCGGUGUCGAAGCGGCAUCGGAGCACCUCGGGGACCAAGGAGAGGAGAACCAAAGCUUUGGGUGGAUCCUCGAACUGAAGCCUUCCGUUUACGAAGCUGCCUUGGUGGUGCCCUUGUUUGGCCGACGGGCGGCCACUGCCUGGGUAUGGUUCCUGCUGACCAUCAACUUUGUGAUGCAGUUCGCUGUGGUCUACAUCCUCUAUACCCAGGUCAGCGAGCCUGAGCCGAGUCCCAGCAAGGAUUUCUACAGCAGGGAGGAGGAGAGCAGCCUCUGCUCAUGGGCCCGAGGUGACAAAGGCACUUCGCUCAAGGGCCUCGACGGCACGGUCCUAGUCUGCAGCAUGGACGAGGUGCUCCUGACCCGGGAUUUUGACACCCUGGACCUGGAUGGCGAUGGCCGCUGGACGUAUGCAGAGGCCAAGAAGCUGGAUGAGAGGCACCGGGCCCUGACGGGGCAUCGGACGAACCUUGGCUCCGUCUUUGACAACCUCAUGCUGCUGGUGAGGCAGUUUGCCCAGUCUCAUCCUUCCUUCUUGUGCAAGCCGGGCGACUACGUGGCAGGCUUCCUAGAGAAUCAGGGCUGGUGGUAUCGGAACCUCACUAUUUUGGGUCAGCAAGUGCACUCGGGCCAGAAAGGAACCAUUGUUCAGAGCAACGCUUUCACGUAUGGAUACAACACCCUCGACAAGUACUUCAAGGUCACGGAGGUUUCUUUGAUGACAAUGCCAGACGAAGUCGGAACCGUGUGCCGGAUGGCUCCCUGCAUCGAUACUGACUAUGGGAGGCUGGAUGGAACACACCACGGUGGCUGCGCAUGGUAUGGUUUCGAAGGGCUUACAAUGGAGGAGGAGUAUCCACUGGGCAUGAACGGUUCCUACGAUUCGGGGGGCCUGAGGCUCCGAGACCUUUGCUGCUUCUUCGGGGGUGGGACGACAUCCCCAAACCGCACGGGCUUUGGAAGCUACCCCAUCAAUCUCGCUGUGCAGGACAUCUUCCCUGUCACCGAGUUCUUCCAGUGCACAGAGAAUCACCGGGAAAGCCACUGCAUGCGGCAGUUCGCCAGUAUGCCCCGGCGCUACUACAAACAGGAGCUUGAGCCACUGCUGGAUCUCUGCCUGGUGGCAGACGUGGAUAUGUGUGGCAACCUCCUUUCCAGGCAAGCGUGGCCGGGACUUUUCGCACAGGGCUUGAAAAAGCACUUCUGGGACAUGCUCGAGAAUGUGACGGUUCCGCUCCUCUUUAAAGCAGCUGGCACCUCAGAGGUUCGACAGCUGAAGGCUGAAGCACAUUGCGAGGCAGUGAUGACUCACAUUUGCCCAGUACUGUUCAAGGACCUGCCUCAGUGGAAGUCACGCCGUUUGCAGGAGUGUGGGCAAAGAGCUACAGUUUCCGCACCGAGCCAUGCUUUCCCCCUUGCCGAGUUCCAGCAAAGCGCUGACUUCAAUGCGCCCAUGGGGCUGCGGACUCUGGUUUUCCAGGUUUUUCUGAACCUUCUGGUGUGCUUGUGGGCCAUUGCCAACGUGGAAGAGCUUCGGGACGUGAUAACGUGGUGGCUGACUCUCUGCCGAAUGCCUGAAGCAAAGGCCACGCCGGAGUGUGUUGCCAAAACAGAGAGCGAAGAAGGGCAGGAGCAGUUGAGGGCUCUUCCUCGAUGCCACCGCCUCCUUUUGAUCGCCUUCGUGCACAUUCCACGAAGCAUCUUGUUCUUGAUGAUCUUCAACGUGGGCAUCCUGUUCUUGUUCGUAGUCCGCGACAUGACCGACCUGGUCUUGAACAGCCUGGCCCUCACUUUCCUCGUGACGGUCGACGACCUCCUCUUCAUCGCCUUCGUGGAUCAGCGUACACAAGACCGCGUGACUCAACUUCAAGUCGAAACCCGUAUCGAGUCGCCCUUUGGCCGCCUCAUUCGCAAGUCCAAGCUGUCCCGAGCCCUCCUGCUCUUCCUUCCGCUCCUGGCUGUGGUGGUUGUGCAAGCAGUCAUGCACUUCAAAUGGACCGCUGAAGUUGGGGACUCCUUGUCCUGCCUCUGCGAGGCGAGUGGAGAUAUGUGCUUCACUGACAAAGCUCUCAACGCGACUGUUUCACACAUCUAUCAAAGAUAG